CAGGAUUUUAGAGGGAGUUGUAGACUCCAGUUAAAGGGGCAUGGUUCAGGCAGGCUGUGGACAAGCACUCAAGUUGUGAAUUGGAGUAUUGAGAGCCACCUCCUAUGCAAUUUGCAAACAAAAGUCAUUUAACAGGCUGCUGCCAGGAGUAUACACUGUAGCAUUCUCCUACAGUCAACUUUCCUGACUAAAAGACCUGACAUCUUGAAAUACAGAAGGGGAGAAGACCAGGGCAAAGCUUGGAAUGGAUCUGAGUCCAGGAAUUCAAAAGGAUGGUUCAGAUCCCUGGCUGCUAGAAUAACUUCAUUGGAAUUACAUGUCUGCCUCUAGAGAACCUCACCCAAAUUGAAUCUUGACAUUGAAUCCAUUCUACUGUUUGCUAAGAAUCCAAAUAUUUCUGUUGCACUGACUGGAUGUCUGUAAGCCAGCAGCAGUCAGGAAGAGGUGUGCCCUGUUUACGAUGCAGAGGGAUGUGUACAGGCUUUGAGCCACAUUCCUGGAGGAAAAUAUGCAAGUCGUGUAAAUGUAGCCAGGAAGAUCACAGCCUCAGCUCUGAUGCAGAAGAUGACCGGAAAAUUGGCCGCUUGUUAUCAGAGUCAAAGUACUCUACGCUCACCGCCAGGGUGAAAGGUGGGGAUGGAGUUCGUAUCUACAAAAGGAAUCGCAUGAUCAUCACCAACCCUAUCGUGUCUCGGAAAGAUCCAACGUUUGACACUAUAACAUAUGAGUGGGCUCCUCCAGGACUGACCCAGAAGCUGGCUAUGCAGUACAUGGAACUGAUUCCAAAGAAGAUGCAGCCGAUAGCAGGCACAGAAGGAGCAUAUUACCGUCGUAGACAGUUGAUUAGACAGCUUCCUAUUUAUGACCAGGAUCCGUCUCACUGCCGUGGCCUUGCUGAAAAUGAGAUAAAGCUGAUGGAAGACUUUGUAAAGAAAUAUAAAAAUGAUGCUCUGGGAGUUGGCGAAGUUGCACUUCCUGGCCAAGGUGGCAGUGCCAAGGAGGAAGGGAAGCAUCAAGACAAAAAUGCGGGUACAAGUAAGCCAUCUGCUUCAACCAAUGGAGCCCUCAGUGGUCCACCAGCAGGAGCAGAAUAUUGCUGUGAAAUCUGCAAACAGGUGAUGCCUACAAAUUGCCCUGUGGUGUAUGCUGACAGAGCAGGCUACAGCCACCAAUGGCACCCAGCAUGUUUCGUGUGCUGCAAGUGCUCAGACCCUCUGGUUGACCUGAUCUACUUCUGGAAAAAUGGUGCAGUGUGGUGCGGACGUCACUACUGUGAGAGCAUAAGGCCACGUUGUGCAGCCUGUGAUGAGAUAAUAUUCUCCGAGGACUACCAGCAAGAGAACGGGCUGACUUGGCACAAGAAACACUUUACCUGCCUGGAGUGUGAGACGCUGCUGGCUGGCAAAUCUUUCAGCCUGGAUAAAGGAAAGAUUCUAUGUACAACUUGCAGCAAAAGCAAGCAUCCCUAAACACCAAGUAAUGCAAAAAACCAAAGUCUGUUCUCCUAGAUUCAAACAAGAAUUAAGUUCAGAAUAGACCCGUGCCUGUUCACUAGCAGGCAACUAGAAACCCCCUUAAAUUGAACAGGUUUGAAGGGGAAAAAUGACUCUUUUCGGGGGGAACAAAAAGCAAAUUCAUAUAUAUGCAGGGGAGGGAGGGAAGAAGGGGAAAGAGGUCUUUGGACUUACUAGGAAGGGACAGAACCUAAACCACUGACAUAAGCAGUUUCUGUAGCUUAUCCACAUUGGGUUAAACCUCAUAGUAAGAACAGGUGAGCUAUUUGAACCCAAGAAGUCCUCACCCAUACCUCCAACUGAAAGAUCUUGCUGCAUUCUUUUCUGAAGCAAUAUCUCUCAAAAUUAACAUUUAGGCAUACAAAGCUGAUCACUAAUUAGCUUUAUGAAAUCCAUGUAUUCAUAGAAUCCUGAUAAAUUGUACUAAAUCAAUAGCUUCAAAGAACUGGAUUAACGGAAGGGAUUAAGAACUGGGUACAACUCAGAUAAGCUCUGGAAGUGAGCAGGUUUCUCCUCACUGGCAUCACUUUUUGGAAUGAUUUGGUGUACUGGUUUUCCUCAGUGACUAGGUGGCAAGACGAUUGUUUCAGUUAUCCUCUAAGAGUCUUGCAUAUCUAAACUAAUAGCAGAGUUGUACAACACUGACUAAUCUAACUAUCUGUUUGAAAUUUGGCUCAAUACAAAUGUUCCUGGCAAUUCUGAAUAUAUAGCAGCACACCCAUAGGCUCAUAUGAUCUUCACUUUGUAUCCACCUGCAAAGCCUUUUGCAGCUGGUGGAUCUGCAGGAAGAGGCAAUGUUUCCUCUGGUUAGUAGCACACUGGUCUCAAAGGCAGGAAAGGCAUUUAAAAUGUGAAUCUCAAACACCAUAUUUUUGGUCUGGAAACAUAUGUUCUUACAAGAAGAGUCUGCCAUACUGUGCCAGAUGUGCUGUGAUGCCAGCUUUUCCCGUAGUGCUUUAAUAUUUCCACAAGAAAAUAGAAAAAAAGAACCCCUUUCAUUUGCGGUUCUCAGGCUAUGGCUAUCUAUUCACCAAAUACUGGAUUGAAAUCGUCAGCUGAAUUUGCAUCAGAUGGGCCACUGAAUGGCCCCCAAAUUUUUACACCACCACCCUGUGCUGGAUUACAACCAACAAUCUGUCAUGUUACCACUUCCUCACAUUCAUCUGACUCUUUCAAUAGACAGAGAAUAGCCAAAUCACUGACAUGUGUAUGCCUAUAUUUGCUUAGUUUCUACAUACCUUAAUUACUUUCUAAAAAGAAGUGGCAUCUAGUUUGCAAAAAUACCGCUC